CAGUUACCUUACCUGGGGCCUCCCACGGGAGAGAAAAACUCGAAUGAAAAUCCGAGUCUCGUGAAUUAGAAAACAAUUACAAAAAAUAUAGAAGAACUCAGUGCAUUUCACUCAGACAAGAAUUUUACCAGCUAAGAGAAACCUAUUGUUUCUUGUUUUCGUUUCUUCCAAGCUAUAUAGAAUAAAAUAUAACUUUCAUUAUUUAAUUUCUUGCACAUGACUGGGUACUUUUAUUCUGCUAUCCCGACUCGUAUUUAUAAUCUGAACGUUCUACCACGCACCUUUGGGAGCAUGACAUUCUUUACGCAAAUGAAUGGUGCUUUCCAAUGGCAAAACUUUAUGGCCGCUGUCAGCAUAAUCGUAUGGUACAUAAGUAGCACACUGUACGUUGACUAUUCGCGGCGUUCUAUGAAAGAUGGGAUUAGUAUGUCACUCCUCACAUUAUCCCACGCACUACCAUAUUUUAUGGCCGUAUUGGUGUGGCAUAUACACGAAAAUAAUACGAUUCGGUGGGGUAUCAUUAAGGAAAUAACACCUACUCUUGCCGCUACAGCACAUAUUGGUGGAACGAUAGCAGCAUUAUAUUCAUUCUGGCUGCUAGGCGGAGCUGAUACGCAACUUGUUAAAAUGCUAGAACCCAUACUGGUUGUGAUUUUAUGUCACAUAAUGGGUAGAACGCAGAUCCAAUCUUUAAAUUUUAUGAACAAGCUUGGUGCAGCGAUAUUAUUUUUUGCUGUGUUCAUGCGCAUUGCAGGAACAGCGUCAGCAUUCACUGGCGCGGGAAUAUCCCUCCUGGUAUUAAUAUGGUAUCCCUUGCGAAAUGUGACCUGGAAGUCUACCGAUCGAGAAUGUUCGGCAGUAUUCUUGCUGCUGGUGUCGAUUUUGUGGUGUUUAAUUGACUUUAAAACAAAUUUGCACUGUCAUCAAAGUGUGAAUGCUAUACUAGCUGGUUUAUUAUUUGCCACCUAUCAGUUAGCCAGUAUUAGCGUACUAGAAUUGACAACACCACAGAUUCACUCAGCUUUGAAUGCAGGUAAAAGAUGCAUAGUAAUCGGUGCACUUUCUUACUUAGAGCUUAAAAAGGCGGAGAUUCCUGUUUAUACUUAUGCUGCAGCAAUGAUCGGCUCAAGUUUACUUGCUUACAAGUCGAAACCGGACUUUUCGACAAGAAACUCUACUAGUUCAGACACUCAGGAUCGGUUUCCAAACUGGUACCUCUUUGCAAAGAUUAUGCUAGCUUGUCUAGUAACUAUAUGUGCUUCGGGAAUAAUACGAUCGGAAAACCACGGAUUGAUAAAACGCCCUGUGGUUUUUAUUCGUGCGUUUUAUAACGAGUCUCUUGUUAGUGCUGUUUCAUACUCGAUGCACGAUAUGGAAAAAUACGCUGAAACCGGUAAUAGUGGAAAUCAUGUAUGGUCGUACGGGGCGUCAUCCUUGGUAGAUACCGACCAGAAUGUAAUACUCUCUCAUACUGAAUUCCCAUUUAGACUCACCCAUCCUUCUGGUGAGGUCGAAAUUAAUUUGGUAAUGAUACCAGUGGCGAACAAUCUACCCUGUCGGAAGUCUAUCGUGCAGAAGGAGAAAUAU